GCCAGAGUGCCGGACGCCGGCGUGCGGCUGCGGGACGCGGGAUGCUCGCCCAGCCUCCCCGUGGCCGCUGAGGCUCCCCACUCGUCUCCACCGUGCCAGCCAGACCCGACCAGAGGUGCUUUUGGGGGAAAAAAAAGCCACAAUUGUGAUGUGAGAAAGGACAUGAGGAGACUAAAGGCCUGGGAUUUUACUGAUCAGAAUGAAACCAAUGUUGAAGGACUUUUCAAAUCUGUUGCUGGUGGUGCUCUGUGACUAUGUCCUUGGAGAAACUGAGUACCUCCUCCUGCGAGAGCCAGUCCACGUGGCACUGAGCAACAGGACAGUGUCGGUGGGUUUCCGCUAUCUCGGUGACGUUAACGGGACACUGAGGAACGUGUCUGUCAUGCUGUGGGCGGCCAACACCAAUCAGACUCUGACCACAAAGCACCUCCUGACCGACCAGUCCCAGGGGACGCUCCAGUUUGAGUGCUUCUACUUCAAGGAGGCGGGUGACUACUGGUUCGUAAUGAUUCCAGAAGUGACGGACAACAGCACUCAAGUUCCCUGCUGGGAGAAGAGUGCCUUUCUGAAGGUGGAAUGGCCUGUCUUUCACAUCGAUUUGAACAGGACCGCCAAGGCCGCAGAAGGCACCUUCCAAGUGGGCCUUUUUACCACCCAGCCGCUCUGCCUGUUUCCAGCGGACAAGCCGGACAUGCUGGUGGACGUGGUUUUCACUGACAGUCUUCCUGAGGCAGGAACAAGGGGGCAGCCGCUGGAGAUCAGAGCCAGCAAAAGGACAGAACUCGCUCAAGGUCAGUGGGUUGAGUUUGGCUGUGCACCCAUUGGGGUGAAAGCCUAUGCCACUGUGUCGCUGAAGCUUUGGGGCCAAGACUCAGUCAUUACUUCUACCGGACCCAUUGACCUGGCCCAAAAAUUCGGAUACACAUUGACGAUGGCGCCGGAAGUCACGUGUGAGUCUGUGGUGGAGGUGAUGGUCCUGCCACCUCCUUGUGUCUUUGUCCAAGGAGUGCUCACUGUUUACAAAGAGGCCCCGAGACACCCGGAGGAGAGGACUUUUCAGCUGGCUGAAAACAGCCUGUCCCUGGGAGAGAGGAGAACAGUGUUUAACUGCACUCUGUUUGAUGUGGGGAAGAACAAAUACUGCUUUAACUUUGGAAUUUCGAGGAAGAGCCAUUUUUCUGCGAAGGAGUGUAUGCUAAUUCAGAGAAAUAUAGAAACUUGGGGACCCUGGCAGCCGUGGAGUCAGUGUAGCACCACGUGCGGGGAUGCUGUCCGAGAGCGCCGCCGUGUGUGUCUCACUUCUUUCCCCUCCAGACCCAGCUGCUCUGGAAUGUCCUCCGAGACCUCUUCAUGCUCCCUGGAGGAGUGUGCUGUUUUCCGGUCACCAGGCCCAUCACCUCUUCCACCCCAGGGUCCCGUGAAGUCCAACAACGUCGUGACCGUCACAGGGAUAUCCUUGUGCCUGUUCAUCAUCAUUGCCACCGUGCUCAUCACACUCUGGAGGAGGUUCGGCAGAGCCCCCAAAUGCAGCACCCCAGCCCGACACAACUCCAUCCAUUCCCCAGGCUUCCGGAAGAACUCGGAUGAGGAGAACAUCUGCGAGCUCAGCGAGGCUCGUGGGAGCUUCUCGGAUGCGGGUGACGGACCCAGGGGAAGCCCAGGCGACACGGGCAUCCCUUUGACAUACAGGUGCAGUGCGCCGCCGCCGGCGGCUCCUGAGGACGAGGCCUCCGGCAGUGAGAGCUUCCAGUCCAACGCUCAGAAGAUCAUCCCACCCCUGUUCAGCUACCGCCUGGCCCAGCAGCAGUUGAAGGAGAUGAAGAAGAAAGGGCUGACAGAGACCACCAAAGUGUACCACGUGUCUCAGAGUCCCCUGACGGACACUGUCGUGGAUGCCACUGCCAGCCCUCCCUUAGACCUGGAGUGCCCCGAAGAAGCAGCAGCAGCAGCAGCAGCCGCAGCCGCAGCAGCCGCCGCAGCAAGCAAGUUCCGAAUCAAGUCUCCAUUUGUGGACCAGCCUGUGGCAGGCCCCGGGGAAAGGCCCCCUUCUAGGAUGGAUUGCAUCGUGCCUCUGCCCAGCUGCGCGGUCAGUCCCAGCCAGACCCUGAUCCGCAAGUCGCAGAUGAGGUCGACUGUCGGGAGAGAGGGCUCAUCGGAGAGGUGCCACUCCAGAAGUUCCCUCUUCAGGAGGACGGCUAGUUUUCACGAAACCAAGCAGUCCCGUCCUUUCCGGGAGAGGAGCUUGUCGGCGCUGACUCCCCGCCAGGUCCCCGCCUACAGUUCCCGGAUGCGGACCUGGGACCAGAUCGAGGAUAGGUGGAGACCACCCAGCCGAAGUGCUCACCUGCUUCCGGAGAGAUCAGAACACUUCCAAGGGGCAGGCCGGACCAGCAGUCCCUUGGGCCCCCUCUCUAAAUCCUACACCGUGGGGCAUCCCCGGAGGAAACCGGACUCGGGGGAUCGCCAGGCAGGGUCGGUGGCAGGAGCUGAGAAAAAGGAGCCUCCCCGAGCUCACAGGGGACCGUCCCCCAGUCACAGGAGUGUUUCAAGGAAGCAGUCUUCGCCCCUUUUCCCCAAAGACAGCUACCAGAAAGUCAGUCAGCUUAGCCCUUCUCACUUCAGAAAAGACAAAUGCCAGAGCUUCCCCAUCCACCCAGAGUUCGCCUUCUAUGACAAUACCUCUUUCCGCCUCACUGAGGCUGAGCAGAGAAUGCUGGACCUCCCGGGAUACUUCGGCUCCAACGAAGAGGAUGAAACCACAAGUACACUUAGUGUGGAGAAGCUGGUCAUCUAAGGCGAAGAAGCUGCAGGACCCUUUUACCCAACUGGCAGUAUCCACUGCUCACAUACUUUCUGUUAACUGUAUUGUGUAACUUUGUGGGAAUUAGUUCACUCAGAGGGGUGUGUGUGUGUGUGUGUGUGUGUGUGUGUGUGUGUGUGUGUGUGUAACUCAUUAGGAAGAAGCUAUUUAUCCUGAACGUUCUUGUUGUUAUCCCUUUUCUAUUGGCUUAUUACCACUAAUACAAUUUAAAUAAGGCAAAUGUAUGAUGCAUUUUGAACCCUGCACUGGAUGUUUCCAACUUUGGAAUCUGGAAGCUUUUCCCAAAGGGGAGGAGCCUUCUGCUGCUGGCUGCUGUGUGCAAAACUAUUAUAGGAGCGAUCUUGUAACUUGCUUUGUUGUGCAGUAAGAACUAAACAAAGGGCCUAAAAAAAUGGGCAACUUCUUUUGAAGUUUGUUACAAGUGGCAUAAAUCCUUUCAGCCCAGUGGCCUAACGACUAGCCAGCCUCCACUUAAAGAGCUGCCUUUUCUUAUUUAGUGACCUCCCUCCUGCCACACCCAUCCUGCCUUUCGAUUGUUUUCCCUCUUGUAGAGUGGAUCAGGAUGUCUGCCCGCUGGUGAGGUUUCAGAUAGGGGGAAAUCACAGCUGUAAACACAGUGGUUUCAAACGUUAAUAUUUGUUGAACUGCUACUUGGGCCAUUUUUACGGAACAUGAAAGCCUGCUUCCUUUGGAACAGCUGUAACGAUGACUAUCUGCUCUGCAGGAACAGGAGGGGUAGACUGUCCAGAGCCGUCUGACAACCGCUAUGCAUGGAUGAAAGAAGAGCCAGGCUCAAUACUCUCCCGUUUCUUUAUUUAUCGUACCAGAGAGCUUUGUUCUUGAUCCAAGCUCGCAGGCCUGUGUGCCAACCUUUGACACACGGGGCACGUGCUCACUUGUUCCAGAUUUCCUAGUGAAUUCGCCAGCAGUGUCAGACUGAGACCAUAUUGGCUUUGGAGAAAUGGAAAUGCAAGAAGAACACUGUAGGCUGAGAGGUUUUUCUGUUAAGUGGUGUUCACCAUCUACGCAGCCCAGUUUUCUGGGGCUCUCACUAAUAGUGAACCCCUGCCUCUGAGAGAAGAGGUGUUUCAGCCGUCUUUAACAUGUAAGUUGUACAUUUCAGUAGGCAGAUUUUCUGUUUCUUCAAUGUGUCUCCAUGUAUUAGUACUCAGUACUAGAAUAGGGACUGAGUAAAGAUAGAGUAAAUGGCCAGUUGGUGAAGUGCCUUCAAAACCAUGUGUGGUUGAAUUAGAAUGAUUCCUUAUAACACUUCACACCAUAAAUCAUUAUAAAGAAAAUAUGUUCAUGAGAGAGGAUGAGAUUUUAGUUUAUAGACGUCUCCACAAAUGGAAGUUUUGUUGUUUUCUUUUUAAUCUUUACUUUUUGGUGUUACUGACUUGUGUGUUUCCAAACAUCCUCUGAACUCUUAGUGAUGCCUUGCCAACAUUUUUGCUAGUUCUGUGUUUCAGAUUCUUUUACUAUAUGUGACCUCGGCAAUCUGGAUAAGCACAUUUAUAUAUUUAUUGCCUGUGUCCCAACCAGUCAUAACUCUCCGUGAUGUGUCUGUGCUCAGUUACCUGAGAAGAAAGGUUCUUUUUAAAUAUAGUUUUUAUUCUAAAAUUUAAAAAUUAAAAUUUAUUCUAGAAAUUUAUACAAAUAUUAUAUUUACAUCACUUUCACCCCUUCCUCUUCCCUUUCUAACU